AUGAAGUUCCGCGAUGGCAUGUGGCUCGUCGCAGCCGACAAGACCGUCUACUACGCCGAAGACGUCUACACAAUCACCGAGCGCGACGACAAAGCGCUGAACCUGCUAUGCCCGACGCGGCAAAUCCGCUCCCGCGGCGACACGCUGAACCUCAGCACCAUCAACGUGGAGCUGGAGGCGCAGUUUGACGGCGUCAUCUCCAUCGAAGCGACGCACUUUUCGGGGGCGCAGCGCCGCGGCCCCAACUUCGAGCUGUACCCGGACGGGCGGCCCGAGCUGAAAUGCAGCAUCAGCAAGAGCGACAAGGGCACCACGCUGACGGCGGGCGCGCUGUCCGCGAGCGUCGGCCCGGACCAGCACGCCUUUGAUAUCCGCUUCCACGCUACGGAUGGCUCCAAGGAGCUUACGUCGCUGCUGAACCGCAGCGUGGGGCUCGCGUACAGCCCUGCGCUGAGCAACCCCAAGCAGGUGCAGGACAUGCGGGCGCUGCAGCACUACAUGUUCACGCAGCACGAGCUGGGGGUCGGGGAGAGCAUCCACGGGCUGGGCGAGCGGUUUGGCGCCUUCAACAAGGUGGGGCAGAGCGUGGAGCUGUGGAACGAGGACGGCGGCACCAGCAGCGACCAGGCGUACAAGAACGUCUCGUUCUACCUCAGCUCGCGCGGCUACGGCGUCUUCAUCGACCACCCAGAGCACGUCUCGCUCGAGAUUGGCUCCGAGCGCUGCUGCCGCGUCCAGACGUCGGUCGAGGGCCAGCGCCUCAAGUGGUACGUCAUCUACGGCGCGGGCGGGCCCAAGGAGGUCCUCUCCAAGUACGCCCAGCUGCUGGGCAGAGCUGGCCGCUUGCCCGCGUGGAGCUUCGGCCUCUGGCUCUCGACGUCUUUCACCACCGACUACGACGAGAAGACGGUGACGCAUUUCCUGGAGGAGAGCGCGCGCCGCGAAUGCCCCGUCGAAGUUUUUCAUUAUGACUGCUUCUGGCUGCGCGCCUUCCACUGGUGCGACUUUGUCUUCUCGCCCGCCCACUUCCCGGACCCCAAAGGCUCGAUUGCCCGCCUCAAAGCCGCAAACCUCGUCAACAAGGUCUGCGUCUGGAUCAACCCGUACCUCGGGCAGGCGUCGCCCAUCUUCGCGUACGCGGCGGAAAAGGGCUACCUCCUCAAGCGCCCCAACGGCGAUAUCUGGCAGUGGGACCUGUGGCAGACGGGCAUGGGCAUCGUCGACAUCACCAACCCCGCCGCCGCAGAGUGGUACACAGGAUGCCUGAACCAGCUCUUCGACCUCGGCGUCGACUGCAUCAAGACGGACUUCGGCGAGCGCAUCCCCGCUGCCGACGUGCAGUGGCACGACGCCAGCGUCGACCCCGCCCGCAUGCACAACUUCUACGCCUUCGCGUACAACAAGCUCGUGUACACGACCAUGCAAGCCCGUUUCGGUCCCGACGGGGGCGCGGUGCUCUUCGCGCGCGCCGCCACAGCCGGCACGCAGCGCUUCCCUUUGUGCUGGGGCGGCGACUGCGAGUCGACGCCCGCCGCGCUCGCAGAGUCCAUCCGCGGCGGCCUCUCCCUCGGCCUCAGCGGCUACAGCUUCUGGAGCUGCGACAUUGGCGGCUUCGAGGGCUCGCCCCCGCCCUGGAUCUACAAGCGCUGGGUCGCGUUCGGCCUGCUGUGCAGCCAUUCCCGCCUGCACGGCAGCAACUCGUACCGCGUGCCGUGGCUGCUGGACGAGGGCGCCAGCGGCCCCGAAAGCUGCAGCAGCGUGCUGCGCGCGUUUGUGCGGCUGAAGCGUCGCUUGAUGCCGUACCUGUACGCGCAGGCGGAGCGGAGCCGCAAGAAGGGCUGGCCGGUGUCUUUACGCGCAGUGGCGCUCGAGUUUCCAGAGGACCCGACGGCGUGGACGCUGGACCGCCAGUUCUUUGUCGGCGACAGCCUGCUCGUCGCGCCGGUGUUUACCGAGACCGGCGAAGUGCAGUUCUAUCUUCCGCGCGGCCGCUGGACGAGCUAUUGGGACGGCAGCGUGGUCGAGGGCCCUGGGUGGCGCACUGAGACGCAUGGGUUCGAGUCGCUGCCGCUGUAUGUAAGGGAGGGGAGCGUGCUGGUGCUUGGGCAGGAAGAGGAGAAGACGAGGGGCGAAGGGUUCGCGUAUGAUUGGGCGAACGCUGGGGGUGUUGUGGCGCUGUAUGCGGCCAGGGAGGGGGAUGAGGCUGUUGUUGUUGAUACGGAGGGGAGGGAGGUAGCGACGCUGGUUGCGGAUGGGAAGGGCGGGGUUAGUGGGUUGGAGAAGCUGGGGGGCGAGUGGAGUGUUAGGAAUGUUUUGUAG